UCCCCUCCGGCGGGCGCCACGUGCCUCACGGUGCCCGCGGACCGAGGCUUCAAGCAGGAGCACGAGCUCGGCAUGCCCGAGAUGUCCAUCGAGCUGGCGCCCAACCAGCUGGGCUUCAGCAAGGGGCUCGACAUGAGCUACGCGUCGUCGCGCUCGAGCGCCGCCAGCAACCAGUACAGCGCCAGCGUCGCCAGCUCCACGGACAGCAGCGUCUUCAACACGCAGGGCGGCGUGAGCCCCACGUUCAGCAGCCGCAAAAUGGCCAGCUACUCGUACCAGUACCGCGAGUCGGAGGAGGGCGGGGCCAACGCCAACGCCAAGAGCAGCAACACGCUCCACCUCACGGGACUGAUCGGCAACGGCAGCACAGCAAGCGGACGCGGAGGCGCCACCCCCAAGCGCGCGCCCGGAGGCCGCAAACUCUCGGCCCCGGACGAGUACGCGGAGCUGGCCACGACCACGAACGCUCAGCCCAAGGUCGACAUGAACGCCCACGAUCAGGCGCCUCAGGUGAUGCACGCCGACUUCAGACAGAGUUCCAACAUGAAUAUUAGCAUGGGGCCCGACACAGCAGCAGACAACCAGAGCUUCCUGGCGCCUCUGCCGACUCGCGCGGCGCCCGGAUCAUCCAAGAUGCAGGCGCGCGCGCCUAGCGACGUGCGCGCGUCCGAGGUGAGCAUGGGCCCCGACUCGCCCGUGGGCCGCGGCAAGCGGACAGGAUCCGUGUACGACACGAUCCCGAACCUGGCAGGCGAGAAGAUGGCCGCGUCGUACCGCAGCUCCGAGGACCCGCGCGAGAUGUCGACGGCGUCGUUCCUGUCCGAGUCGUCGGUCUCGUCCACUUCAACCAGAGACAGCGUGGCCACGUCCGCGCGCAGCUCGGCGUACGUGUCGUCCAUGCCGCUGCUGCAGCAGCUCUCGAGCGCCGAGGACAGCGACUACGGCGACGACCUGUCGUCCGACCGCUCGUCGGACAGCAACAACGCGCGCCCGGGCUCGCUCAUCGCGCUCAACCUGGAGGCCAAGGACGGCUGCAGUGAGAUCGCCAUC